AUGCGUCCAGUCCCUGCGUCCGCGGGCUCUGCCUUGCGCAGCUGGACCCGACACACUCUUCCCACUUCCGCAUCGCCAUCUUCCCGGUUGGCCGUGUCCGCCACAGCUUCAGCUCCGACCAGCUCGAUUUCGCAGCAACGGCGUCUACAGUCCGGCGAGGUAGCCAGCAAGGGCUCGAGCUUCCAGAGCCCAUUUACCACCACCAAGGACCGAGCGAAGAAAUAUGACACCACCAAGGUCCCGAGCUUCAAGGCCUACCAGGCGCGAACCCCCGAGGUCACCAACCGAGUGUUCCAAUACUUCAUGGUCGGAUCCAUGGGUUUGUUGACUGCUGUUGGAGCAAAGGCCACUGUUCAGGAUUUCCUCGUCAACAUGUCUGCAUCCGCCGAUGUGUUGGCUCAAGCCAAGGUCGAAAUCGAUCUUGCCUCCAUCCCCGAAGGGAAGAACGUCAUCAUCAAAUGGCGAGGCAAGCCUGUCUUCAUCCGUCACCGGACGGAAGAUGAGAUCAAAGAGGCCGAAUCUGUCGAUCUGUCCGUCCUCCGUGAUCCGCAACCCGAUUCCGACCGUGUCAAGAAACCAGAAUGGCUAGUCAUGUUGGGCGUAUGCACGCAUUUGGGAUGUGUCCCCAUUGGCGAGGCCGGUGAUUUCGGUGGUUGGUUCUGCCCUUGCCACGGUUCGCAUUACGAUAUCUCCGGCCGUAUCAGGAAAGGUCCUGCUCCGUUGAACCUCGAGGUUCCGCAGUACGAUUUCCCCGAAGAAGACAAGUUGGUUAUUGGUUAAAUGUCUCGAUCACCUUACAUACAUGGAAAUCCGAUCGUUCUGACUCUCGCGAAUCAAUUGAUGGGAGAGAGGGGGAACAGCCGAGUGCAAGUCGUGUUUUCCGGAUUCGCCAAAGAACAUACCGGCUGCUCUUGAGGGUUUCUUCGUAGAGCAGUUGAGUUGUGUACAUAUCUAGAGAGACUGCAAGGGGCGCUUGGGUGAUAAUGCGUGACUGUCCAAGUAUUGUCUUGUGCUACAGCCGCUACUGCUGGUGGAGGGC